GGCCAACCCGAGCGAGCCCGCUCUCCAGCGCCGCGCGCGCCGCCGCCACCUCCGCUGCUCUGCCCGGUCCCGGAGCGGCCGGGCGCGGAGCCGAGGCCCGCGGCCGGCCGCAUGAAGGACUGCGAGUAUCAGCAGAUAAGCCCCGGGGCCGCCCCGCCACCCGCUUCCCCCGGGGUGCAUCGCCCCGGCCCCGCCGCGCCCCCCGCUCCAAGCCCCGGGCCCGCGCCUGGCGCGCCGCGCUGGAGUGUCAGCGGCAGCGGCAGUGGCAGCGGCAGCGGCAGCGGGAGCCUGGGCCGCCGGCCGCGGCGUAAGUGGGAGGUGUUCCCGGGCCGCAACCGCUUCUACUGCGGCGGCCGCCUCAUGCUGGCCGGCCACGGCGGCGUCUUCGCGCUCACGCUGCUGCUCAUCCUCAGCACCACCAUCCUCUUCUUCAUCUUCGACUGUCCCUACCUGGCCCGCACACUGACCCUGGCCAUCCCCAUCAUCGCCGCCAUCCUCUUCUUCUUCGUCAUGAGCUGUCUCCUGCAGACCAGUUUCACUGACCCCGGCAUCCUACCCCGGGCCACCAUCUGUGAGGCAGCUGCCCUGGAGAAGCAGAUCGAUAACACAGGCAGUUCCACAUACCGCCCGCCCCCUCGGACUCGGGAGGUGAUGAUCAACGGACAAAUGGUGAAGCUCAAGUAUUGCUUCACCUGUAAGAUGUUCCGUCCGCCCCGGACCUCACACUGCAGUGUCUGUGACAACUGUGUGGAACGGUUUGACCAUCACUGCCCUUGGGUGGGCAACUGUGUGGGGAGACGGAAUUACCGCUUCUUUUAUGCCUUUAUUCUCUCCCUCUCCUUCCUGACGGCCUUCAUCUUCGCCUGCGUGGUCACCCACCUGACCCUGCUUUCUCAAGGAAGCAACUUCCUCUCUGCUCUAAAAAAGACACCAGCAAGUGUGCUGGAGUUGGUCAUUUGCUUCUUCUCAAUCUGGUCCAUCCUGGGCCUCUCAGGGUUCCACACUUACCUCGUGGCCUCCAACCUGACAACUAAUGAAGACAUCAAAGGGUCUUGGUCCAGCAAGAGGGGUGGUGAGGCCUCUGUCAACCCCUACAGCCAUAAAAGUAUUAUCACCAACUGCUGUGCUGUGCUCUGUGGCCCACUGCCUCCCAGGUUCCCUCUGUCCACCAUCCUCUGCCGAAUGACUCGGGAAUUCUGAGGAAGGCUGUCACGUAAUCACCUGUACUCAUUUGUAGAAUAAAAGUAAAGCCUCUAACCCCAGCACUUAAAGGCCGAAGCAGGAGGAUUGCUUCAUGUUCAAGACCACCCUAGGACACAGAAACUGUUUCAAAGGGUGGGGGGAGUACAAAAUAUUAAAAAACACUGGGCAUCCUGUUUAAUCCCACUCCUCAGAGGUGCCACAGUGACUGUCAGGACCACACGUGGGUGCCGUGUUCUGUCUGUACAGGGUGGGGUGUCUGCAGCGGCUCAGCCCUGCUGGGAAGUUCUGUGUCAGUUCUGACAGCAGGGGGCGCCAGAGCUCCAGAACAGGCGUUGGCUGGGCAUGGGUGCUGUGGGGACAAGACCUUCCUUACACACUUGUGCCCUGUCUAGGGGACAGGACACUGGGCCUCUGACUGCCUCCAGGUAAUGAUUAUUACUUAGUUCUCUCUCACUGCCUGGCUUCUUGGCACCCAGACAGCUGAGUCACUUUGGAUUAACAUUGAAUUAGGCUGGGAGGUAGAAGCAAGCCUGUGGGAAGUUCGAGGUCGGCUUCAAGUGCUUGGGACCCUGUCUCAAGAAAACAAAAACACUUUGUCCUGUUGGCACUUGCCCCAGAAGGUCUUGUUUUAAGUGUAUUUACCUCUACUCACCUGUACGUGUGGGUGAGUGAAGUUCAUUCAAGUGUGUGCACACACACACACCAGGGUGUGUGUGUGAGGUCCAAGGACAGACGGCUCUCCUUCUAUCUAUGGGUCCCUAGGAUGCGGUGGCAAACCCCAGCCCCAGAGGGACAGUCCUAAUCUCCUGAACGGAAAGCAGCUUCCCUGAGCUUCUAGGGCUGGGUCCUUCCCGGGAGGACUGGCAGACCGCACUGCCUAGCCCUUAGCCUAGAGCUUAUAGCUGUCUUGUCCUUGUGUCUUGGAAGCCUGAUCGACCGGAGGGGAUUUGUGCAGUCUGAUACUGUGCUGCCCUCGCCCAUCAGAAGUGAUGAGCCAGCCUGUGGAGCCAAGCCAGACGCCAGCAUGGUAGGAGGCCACCCCUAAAUGUGACUGAGUGCUUGCCACCCACCGCCCUCCACGCCUGCCGGGACCCUCCCCGCCUGCCGGGACCCUCCCCAUGCCAUCUGAGGGAAGCAGAGCUGCCAAAGACUCCAGUCUUUUCCUAUUUAUUUCCCACCCUGUGUGGUUUUGGUCUUUUUUUUUUUUUUUUUUUUUUUUUUGAACUGUCCUAUGGCUGUGCCCUCUGCUCCCAAACCUAGGGGCCCACAGUUUAGGCCCUAGGUCCCCAGCAGGUCAGUGACAAGAAAGUCACAGCCUCUGGAGGCCACUAAGGAGACCAUGCCAAGUCACUGCCUGUGCCCAGGGAGGCCCAGCAUGAGUGAGGGUAUGGACUGAAUGGGCAGCCUCCCAGCUGGAGGCCUGCUCGGACUCCAGUGAGCCAGGGGCUUCUGGAAGAGGCCACAGGCAACGGAUGGGGACCCUUUCCGGAACUGCUUUGUUUUGGGGACUCCUACAUUCUGUUUGAUGACCACUGGGGUUUUUUUGGGGGGGGGAGGUGUGUGGAGUUAGCCAAUAGGAUAGAGCCGGGGUACCGGUAGAGAGCAUGGGCAGAGGGUGGGAAGCAGCCUGUGUCAGAGGAAGCCAAACGAGCCAUCCAGGCCUUCAGAACCUCAGCUCCUGUAGAGUCGUGGGCACCACAGUAGGAAUGGGGACCUGACUUUCCCCCUGCCCACGGAGACUCUCUAAAGGAUCCUUUUCUGUACCCCCCAAUCCCUCUUCCAGGUCAGGGUUAGAGGCGGGUGGGUUAGCUCAUGCUGGCAAUACUUGAAACGGGUUUAUUAAUGCUGGGUAUUUUGCACAAUUUUAUAGACUUCUUUUUUACAUAGCCCUUUAAAAAUAGGAGUUAAUGUGUUACUGUCCGUGUAGUGCCAAGGCAAGGGUUUUCAGAAGGCUAGGUAGUUGAAUACACUUAUUAUAGCAGAUCUAGCUGUGAGGGACUGUGUGUAUGCUCACACAUGUGUCCAUGUAUGCCUGUGACAGAUACAGCUGACUCACGUGUCCCCUGGGCUGUUCCCUUUCCCCAUUGCCCUGAGUCCAGAAGCAGCCCACUGUAUGGGGGACUGGGUGGGAGGAUGGGCUUUAGUCCCAAGAUGGAGACCACUGGCUCCUGCCCUCCUGCCUUCCACCAAGGCCUUUAAGACUCUGCCACCCAGCCCUCAGGCCAGGCUCCCAGCUGUGACCUGCCCCAACAGGCUGAGGCUAGGUGUGGUGGGUGGGGUGAUGGCUCUGGGGAGCGGCUGCCCUGCAAGCCACACCCCCUCCUAGGUGUUCUGCUUUGAGUGUAGGCCUCAGUGCUAGGGAUUGAACCCCAGAGCAUUUCUGCUAAUCAGGAAUGAGAGAGGAAGGGACAGAGUGGACCAGAGGCAUGUGUGCUUGUCCAGAAGCCUGGAGGAUGGCCUUCUGCUGGCAGCUGUAGUUUCUAAUCGAAAUAGUCCUGUUCUCCUUGGCCCUUCGGGUGGGCUGAAGCCCUUGUGAGUCAUAACAUAGGAAGUCACUACAGAGUCCCUUCCUUGCUCCCAAGGCCAGUGGGUCCCUGGAAGAGCUGGGAAGUGGUGGGUGCCAGGGGGCCCCUGGGAGAUGGCUUCAGAGCCCUGGGCCAUCCUGAGUGGCCCUGGGAGGUAGAUAGGAAGGGGCUGGGAGGCUCCCUAGCUCACCUUUUAUUUGAGCCAGUAUUCCUUGCUCCUGCUUGUAAUAAAGCCUCUUGUUUUUAAGAGCUGA